AUGGCCAGCCGCCAAGAGGUCCUGCACGCAUACCGGCACCUCUACAAGGGCCUCCUGCGCGGCGUGCAGUACGCCAUCCCCGCGCGCUACAUUGUGCGCGACCAGAUCCGAGGCGCCUUUCGUAACACCACAUCCACCACAGCCGCCGCCGCCGCCGCCACCGCUACCUGGGACGCCGAGGCCAUCAAGCGCACGCUCUGGUUCCUGUCGGCUGCGGGGCGGCAGAGAGGUCUGGAGCACAGGAUUCUGCGGAACCUGGUGCGCAUGCAUAGCGAGAGGGCGGCGCCAACGAGGCGCUGGCGCAAGGCGCUGAUGUGGAAUAAGAAGCCAACGGACGAGAGGGAUCGGUACGAGCAUGCUUUUCAGCACUACGAUGCGACGGUUGCGAUGCUGAAUAAAUCCAUGGGGCUGUGUCUGCGGUGA